AUGCCGUUCUACAGGCGCACGGUGGUACCCCAGCGCCUGUGCCCGCGCAACCCGCCGCAGCAACUGGCGGAGCUAAGCGACGUGAGCCACCUGGCCGCGCUCAGCCUCCUCCGGCAGCUCGCCGACCUCUGUGGCCACUCGUUGGCUCUGCUCGAGGACCUCGAGGGGCACCUGCUGGCCCUGGGGCGCCGCACAGACAGCCUGUACCGGCGCACCGUGCGCCUCCGCCGCCGCCUUCCCUGCCGCCUGCUUGGCCCGGAGGAGGACGAGGAAGAGCUAGCUGCAGCUAACUCGGGUCGGGAAAAUGCGACAGCGACUGCCCACUCGAGGUCGUCAUGGCGACAGCCAGUGAACGUGUUCCUCUCCUCGGGCAGGCCCCCGAGUGUAGAGGAGCUGCUUCGCGAGGCGCAGCUCAAUCUCCAGAGCCUGUUGCAAGAAGAAUAUGAGGAACAGUAUUCGGAGGCCAGACUUGUGGGGCAGACCUUCCGCUCUUCUGAUGAGGCCACUAAGCCCACCCCCAACCCAAGGCCCCAGUCUGCCAGGCGUCUGGAGUUUGUAUUGAUGCCUACAAAACGGCAGCUGAGCGAGGAUGAGACUACCACCCAGGGUGUGAGGGCCCCCGAGGCCUCCCUGAGCCUGUCUACCACAGCCGACAAGCAAACUGCCUGGAAUAACCUCUUCCCUCUGCCCAUCCUAGAGGAGAAGCGGUGGCCUCAGCCUUGCUCCACGCAGUCUGACAUUGUGCCCAUCAACAUCUCUGGGCAGCAGUUUGAUAAACAUGCAAGUUUGCGACACUCGUUGUUUAACACAGAGACAGCCGUGAACCCCAAGUCCACCCUGAGGCGGAGGCGGACCAUUAUUGGAUUCUCUAACUUUUCCCAACGAGAUCAAGGUCACAGCAACAGCCCAGCAGGCAGUGUGGCCCACUCUACCACCUCUGACAUCAGGCCCAGUCACUCAAUUCUGGAAGGAGUUCAUGGAAGAGUUGCAGUUGGUCAGGAUGCUCGGUUCCCAAGUCUCACCUUGCCAGUACUGAGAACUCCUUCCAGUGAGCCAGACGAACCUCACCAGGCGCGGAGUGGCCCAAACCCUCCUGGCAUGGAGAGCAUGGGAAUGGUGUACAGUGUCCCCAGUUCUUGCAAUGGACCUACAGAAUCAACCUUCUCCACUUCCUGGAAGGGAGAUGCUUUUACCUACAUGACUCCAAGUGCCACCAGCCAGAGCAAUCAAGUCAAUGAAAAUGGGAAAAAUCCUUCCUGUGGGAAUUCUUGGGUCUCUCUAGACAAAGUCCCACCUCUGGUUCCUAAGGAGGCUGCUACCCUCCUUGUUGCUCGUGAUAACCCAGCAGGAUGCAGUGGGUCAGCUGGCUACCCUGAGCACCUUAUUCAGCGAAGGCACAUGCCCGAAAGACCCUCCAAGAUUGGCCUUCUGACCAGUGGGACCACAAGGCUGGAGACAGGCCCCGGCGGGGCCAGCAGAUUCCGGGAGCGGUCACUGUCUGUGCCCACAGACUCAGGCACCACAGAUGUGGACUAUGAUGAGGAGCAGAAGGCCAAUGAGGCCUGUGCCCUGCCUUUUGCCAGUACAAGCUCUGAGGGCAGUAACAGUGCUGACAACAUCGCCUCCCUUAGUGCCCAGCAAGAGGCCCAGCACAGAAGGCAGAGGUCCAAGAGUAUCUCACUUAGGAAGGCCAAAAAGAAGCCUUCCCCACCCACGCGCAGUGUCUCACUGGUCAAAGAUGAGCCAGGCCUCUUGCCUGAAGGUGGGUCAGCACUACCCAAGGACCAGAGGCCCAAGAGCCUUUGCCUCUCCUUGGAACACCAAGGACAUCACUCAUCCCACCCAGAUGCUCAGGGUCACCCAGCUGUUCCAAACCACAAAGAUCCAGAAGGUACACAAUUCUCCCACCACUGGUAUCUUACUGACUGGAAGUCUGGUGACACCUACCAAUCCCUGUCCAGCUCCAGCACUGCCACUGGCACCACAGUCAUUGAGUGCACCCAAGUUCAGGGCAGCUCAGAGUCUCUUGCCUCACCUUCCACCUCCAGAGCCACUACACCUUCCCAACUCUCCAUUGAAGUGGAGGCCAGGGAGAUAUCCUCCCCGGGAAGGCCCCCUGGUCUGAUGUCACCCUCCAGUGGCUACUCCAGCCAGUCAGAAACACCAACACCUACUGUUUCCAUGUCCCUGACCCUGGGCUACUUACCCCCUCCAAGCAGCAGUGUCCGAGUACGUCCAGUGGUACCUGAGAGGAAGUCAUCACUACCCCCAACGUCACCAAUGGAGAAAUUUCCCAAGUCACGGCUAUCAUUUGACCUACCACUGACCUCUUCACCCAACCUGGAUCUGUCUGGGAUGAGUAUCUCCAUCCGAAGCAAAACCAAGGUGAGUCGGCACCACUCAGAGACAAAUUUUGGUGUCAAGCUGGCCCAAAAAACUAAUCCCAACCAGCCAAUCAUGCCUAUGGUUACUCAGUCCGACCUACGUUCUGUUCGCCUGAGGUCGGUCAGCAAGUCUGAGCCGGAAGAUGACAUUGAGAGCCCUGACUGUGCCGAGGAAUCCAGAGCAGAAGAAGUCUUCACUUUGCCAGAGAGAAAGACAAAACCUCCCGUAGCUGAGAAGCCUCCGGUGGCCCGGAGGCCUCCAAGCUUGGUCCACAAGCCACCAUCUGUUCCUGAGGAGUAUGCGCUAACUUCACCAACCUUGGCUAUGCCCCCCAGGAGCUCAAUUCAACAUGCGAGACCACUCCCUCAAGACAGCUACACGGUAGUGCGGAAACCAAAGUCCUCCAGCUUCCCAGAUGGCAGAAGCCCAGGGGAGUCAACAGCACCCUCAUCUCUUGUUUUCACGCCUUUUGCCAGUUCCUCUGGUGCUUUCUUCUCAGGAACACAGCAGCCUCCCCAGGGAAGUGUGGAGGACGAGGGCCCCAAGGUGAGGGCCCUGCCUGAAAGAAUUAGCCUCCAGAGCCAGGAAGAAGCUGAGAAAAAGAAAGGCAAGAUUCCACCUCCCGUACCAAAAAAACCCAGCGUGCUGUACCUGCCUCUCACUUCUCCCACAGCUCAAAUGGAGGCCUAUGUGGCAGAACCAAGGCUGCCUCUCAGCCCCAUCAUCACCCUGGAGGAAGACGCCAAGUGUCCCCCCACCAGCGAUGACCUGCAAUCACUUGGUCAAAGGGUGACUUCAACUCCUCAGGCUGACAGUGAAAGGGAGGCAAGCCCUCUGGGGAGUUCCGUGGAACCAGGCACCGAAGAAAAAAGUUUAAUCAGUGAUAAAACAGCCGAAUGGAUUGCGGAGGAUGAUGAUGACGUGUUUGUGGCUUCACGCACAACUGAAGAUUUAUUUACUGUGAUACACAGGUCCAAAAGGAAGCUGCUCGGCUGGAAGGAACCUGGUGAGGCCUUUGUGGGUGGCAGAACAAGUUCCCACUCACCAAUAAAGAACACAGCUGAGUCUCCAAUCAGUGAGUCUACCGCCACCACAGGGUCAGGCAGCAGUGCCAACCUAGAUGCUGGCAGAAAUGACGAUUUCAAGGCCUUGCUACAGAAGAAGGGAAGUAAGGCAACUCCAAAGUCUCGUCCCUCAGCAGCUGAACUGCUGAAGACCACUAACCCACUGGCUCGGAGAAUUAUUGCACAAUUUUCAAAAGACUAUGAAACCACCGAUAACCCCAGUACCUAA